UAAGAACCAACAUGGCCGCGAAUUUACAGAAGGCUGUGUGCAUCGUAACCGGCGGUGCUUCGGGAUUAGGGCGGGCGACAGCCCAGAGACUCGCAAAAUAUGGAGCAAAAGUAGUCGUAGCUGAUCUCUCCUCAAGUGAUGGGGAAAAAGUAGCAAAGGAAUUGGGUGAAAGUUGCUAUUUCGCACCAACGGAUGUUACAUCAGAAGCUGAUGUCCAGCAAGCUAUCAAGUUAGCUAAUGAAAAAUUUGGUCCCCUCAAUGUAGCCGUCAAUUGUGCAGGAAUAGGAAUUGCUGUGAGAACUGUUUCCAAAAAGGGACCACACCCUCUUGAUCAAUUUGAGAAGGUCUUGAAGGUUAAUACGGUUGGGACUUUUAAUGUCAUACGACUUGUGGCAGAACAGAUGACACAAAAUGAACCAAAUGAGGGUGGAGAGAGAGGGGUGAUUAUCAACACUGCGAGUGUGGCUGCUUAUGAUGGCCAAAUUGGACAAGCUGCCUACUCAGCGUCUAAAGGUGCAAUUGUUGGAAUGACUCUGCCAAUAGCUAGAGAUCUUUCCAAACAUGGAAUCAGAGUUAACACCAUUGCUCCAGGACUUUUCCUGACUCCUCUGCUGAUGAGUUUGCCUGAGAAAGUCAGGGAUGAGCUGGGUAAAACUGUUCCCUUCCCAAGUCGUCUGGGUGAUCCUGCAGAGUUUGGACAUCUGGUACAGAGUAUUAUAGAGAACCCAAUGCUAAAUGGUGAAGUUAUCAGGCUGGAUGGAGCUUUACGCAUGCAACCUUGAUGUCAUUUCAUUUUGGCCAAAUUUUGACAUCUUUCAAAUGAUUAGUCAGCUAGAAAUGAUUUCAUGUGAUAGGUGAGGUAGAUAAUUAACUUCUAGAACAAUCUUUAAGUUGCAUAAACAUGCAAAACUGUGGACAUUCCAGUUAACUUAUUGUAGAGAUUAUUAUUCUCUAGAACAGGGAUGGGUGAGUGGAAUGUCAAUGGUUGGAAGGGGGAGGAGAGGGACAAACUACAUUUGCCCUUCCCCUCUUAUCCUGUCAUGUCUGCUGUCUCUCUGGAAUACCAAUAAUUAAUUUUCACACAUGCAGCUCAGAAAAUAUAUUACCACUGAAAGAUUUUAAGCAAACCAGUAUAGUAAUAAAUGAAUAAAUGCGCAUAUCUGUUGUGACUAUGAAUAGUUUUUCACAUUUUUAUGAAUAUAUUAUUAGAUUU